AUGAGCAGAGUCAGUCCUGAGCCGGGCUUCCUUGCUAUGCCUUCGACAACCUCCACCAAGGUGCCAUCACCUACAGAAGAGUUUCCAUUCUUCUCAAAGGACCAUCGAGAUAUCAAAGACACCGUCAUCAGUGUAACGUAUGACGAAUCCAGUAAUGGACGGGUAUCACCUCUGGACACACCUGUAACACCUUCCGCGUCAUCAUCCCGCCAUAACUCAAAGCAUGUCUCUGUGAAUUCUCGCAGUGAACUACUGGCCACUGAGAGCUGGCUUACCCAGAGCAUGGAGAAAGUUCCACAGAUCCCCGCCAUCUACACCAAUGGACGCCGUAACUCAACAAAUUCAUUGUUACUCCAAGCGGCAGGGAAACUGGAACCUUACGAGGCUCUUGGGAACGUGUCUGUAGAGCACAUGGCUCCGCCUCCAUCAGCACCAGGUCAACAGCAUCAGGAGCUCAGAAUCGGCGGUCUGGGACAAGCAAUCGCGCCAGUCAAGAUUAUAGCCUCCGGUCUGGGAGUCAAGAACCCUGGUCAGGAAGCGUGGUUCUCAGCCGCGUACAGUCUCACCACUGGUACCUUUAUCCUAAUCGCCGGCCGGCUAGGUGACAUUCUCGGUCACAAACGCGUGUUUGUGUUCGGGUACCUGUUUCUUGGAAUCUGGUCCGGAUUUGCCGGGUUCAGUGCUUACGUCGGCAGGCAGAUCUUCUUCGACGUCUGCAGAGGUAUGCAAGGCAUUGGCAGUGCGCUACUGGCUCCCAAUGCUCUUGCACUGCUUGGCCGUGCGUACCCUCCAGGCAUCAAGAAGAAUCUCACCUUCGCGUUGUUCGGCGCCAUGGCACCAUGGGGAUUUGUAAUCGGUGCACUCUUCGGAGCUCUCUUCUCGCAGACCACGUGGUGGCCCUGGACUUUCUGGAGCUAUGGUGCCGCAGCAUUUGCCCUGUCAGCAUUCUCACUGCUGGUCGUGCCCAAACAACUAGCCAAGGAAGCUCAAUUCGCUGGCGUCACCAGUGUACCUGGAUUUGACUGGACGGGUUGUGCGCUGGGCGUCAUCGGCCUGGUACUCGUCAACAUUGCCUUCAACAACGGACCCCUGUACGGGUGGUCCACACCUCACGUAUAUUUUGUCCUUAUCAUCGGACUGCUUGUACUGGUAGCAUUCCUUUGGGUCGAACGUCGGGCUGAGUCGCCGCUUUUGCCUGUCUCCGCCUUCAAUGGAACAGUCACUUACACCAUGGCCUUGAUCGGCAUCGGUUGGGGCAGCUUUGGUAUUUGGAUCUACUACUCAUGGCGUUUCCUUGAAGAGUUCCGCCAUCUAACACCGCUCAACGUCUCUGCACAGUUCACACCCGCCCUCAUUUGCGGACUGAUUGCCGCGGGUGCCACAGGCUUCAUGCUUACGCACACCCCUGUCUCCUUCACGAUGCUGAUCGCCAUGCUGGCCUUCUGCGCCGGUCAAGCAAUCUCAGCCUUCAUGCCUGUUCAUCAAUCUUACUGGCCUCAGAUGUUUGUUUCCAUUCUCAUCAUGCCCUUCGGCAUGGACAUGUCUUUCCCUGCUGCUACUGUCAUCCUCUCCAACCACAUGCCUCGCGAGCAUCAAGGUCUCGCUGCAUCGUUGGUUAACACAAUGGUCAACUACUCGAUCUCAUUGGCUUUGGGUAUCGCUGGUACAGUCGAGGUGUCCGUCAUGACACAUGACGGUACGCUUGCAGACACGAUAUGGGGUGUCCGAUGCGCUUUCUACACUGGCCUUGCUCUCGCCGGCUGUGGUGUUUUGCUCGGUAUGUCGUACUUUAUCAAGUCGAUGAUUAAGGAAGGUUGGAAAGUGGCGCAGCAUUAA